UUACCAGUUUGCACACGGAAACUUUAAAAAGGUGAUGAAAAAUGCGUGUUAGAUUCACAGAAGUCCUUAAAGCGCGCGAACUGUGAUCCGUUGUUUUUGUUUUCAAAAUUUUACGAAUCGCACGCAUUAAAUCUAUAUUGAUUUUUUUUUUAAAUUAUCCAACUAAACGAAGUCUUCAGAAUGUCCGUCUUAGAUUCUUUGUUCGGUGACGAACUCGGCAACGAAAACGACGGCGAGAUCAUGUCGGAUGAUGAUCAGGGCGCAAUCAACGAUCCGGACAAUCCGGAUGCGAAUGGUGCUGACGAAGGCGAGACGAAACCGAUUCCCGUGGAGCCGAAAAAGAAGACGGUCCGUCAUCCCCGUCUAACGCUGAACGCUAAUCUGCUGUGCGGCCCCAGAGGAAUCGUCGACAUGGAAAACUACUUCAAGGAUAUGAAAUUCAAGGGCAAAGGCCACGAACGGGAGGAUUUGGACGCCGUGAUGAAACGGAUGCAACAUUGGGCCCAUCGAAUGUUUCCGAAGUACGGGUUCGAUGACAGCCUGGCCGCUAUCGAGAAUCUUGGCCGGAAGAAGCAAACCCAAUCAUACAUGAACAAAUACCGGAUGGGAUUGCUGGAACCGGAAGAUUUACCGGCAGCUGAUGACGAUCAGGACAACGAUGGCCUGGUAUAUGAUUCGAACGUUAUGAAUCAACCUCUUGAUCCCCUGGACAGCAUGCUGGAUGAGCAGAUAGCCAUUUCUCGGGCCAAUGCCAGUCUGAAUACUUCCGGCGUGGCUAACCUGUCGAUGUCGGAGAAAAAUUUCGACUCCAUCCGGGAUGGAGGCGUUUCGGUGCCGACCACUCCGGUCAAUACACCCAGCCGACCAUCGCCAGGACUGUCGGAAGAGAUGCGGGCGAAAAUUGCGGCUAAUCGACUGAAAGCUCUGGAACUCCGGAAGGCUAGAAUGGCGGUGUCGGCAACCAAUCCAGAGGCUGGAAGUUCGACGGCAGCAGAGGCCUCCGUGAAUGUGGCUCAAACGGAAAGUUAGGACAGUGAAGUUAGUGUAAUUUAUGUUAUGUUAAGCUGUUAGAAAUAAAGGAUCAGUCAAGUGACAUAAGAUAGGUUUUAAUUUGACCAAUGAUUAA